AUGGUUGAUUAUUGUGAAAGGCAUUCAGUUAAUGUCAUACACCAAGAAAAUCGUCGUGAAUGCUGUGAUGAGCUAAUAGACAAAAUUAUAAAGAAAAAGAAAAAUGAUCGGUUUUUUAAAGUACACGAAGAUGAUAUUACUAAUGAGCAGCACAUUAAACACGUUGUCAGAUAUUUUAAAAAGAGAAAAGAUUUGCCUAAAAUAUGCAGAGAGGUUUCAUCCUGGAAGACGAAAAUUGGGAAAAAGUUAAAACUGCACAGAUUUGGAAGAAACAAACAUGACAAAAAUAAGCACAAAAACAACCAAAAACAUGCUAAUCACCAGAAUAAUCACCACAUUAAACAUCACAUUAAACAUCACAUUAAACAUCUAAAACAUCUCAAUAAUCCAUUAAAGAAACUUAAAGGCAAGCACAAUGGGAAUGAGAAAAAGCAUAAGAAUAAUAAUCAUCAUCCUAUUAAUAAAUUAAAAAAGAUGAUUAAAAAAAGAAAACCAAAAAUUAAAAAGGAAGAGGGCAAAAAGCAUCAUUUAAAAAAUAUUCUUCAUAAAGAUAAGCAUAAUUGA